AUGCCGGCAUAUCACUCUACAUUUCUAGGUGAGGAAGGGGCAGAUAGCAGAAAAAUUGGGAAUUUGGCUCUUUUACCAAUUCAUUCGAAGUUCAGGGGCCCUGCUUUCCCCCCUGAUCAAGAUUAUGACAUUGUCGAAGAAGUUCUUGAUUUAUUUAGAGCCAAUUCAUUUUUCAAAAACUUCGAAAUAAAGGGACCAGCAGAUAGAUUGUUAAUUUACGGGAUUUUGUUUGUGAGUGAUUGUUUAUCAAAACUAAACAAAUCGGUGAGUUACAGAGAAGCAGUAAGGAUUUUGAAUAAUUUGUCUUUAGAUAGUUUUGCAUUGCCUGGAGAGAUUGGAUUCCCAUUGAAUUCUAUGUAUCAGCCACCUGCGAACAAAAAUGAAGCUGAUUUAUUGAGGUCCUAUUUACAGCAGUUUAGACAAGAAUUGGCUGAUAGAUUAUUAAAGAGAAUAUAUAAAGAUGAUGAAACAACUCCUAGCAAAUUUUGGUUAGCUUUCACAAGAAGAAGAUUUAUGAACAGAAGUUUAUAG